UUAAACACAAAGCUCGAUUGGUUGUCAAAGGCUUUCAGCAGAAGAAAGGGAUUAAUUUUGACGAGAUCUUUGCACCAGUUGUCAAGAUGACCUCAAAUCAAGUCAUACUUGGCUUGGCAACAAGUAUGAAUUUGGAACUUGAACAAAUAGAUGUGAAGACAGCUCUUCUUUGUGGAGAUUUGAAAGCAGAAAUCUAUAUGCAACAGCCAGAAGGAUUUGAGGUUUCAAGUCAGAACCUCGUGUGCAAGCUAUCUAAAAGCUUGUAUGGUUUGAAACAAGCACCAAGGCAGUUGAAUAAGAAGUUUGACUCAUUCAUGCAGAGUCAAGGUUACAAGAAGACUACUGCAGAUAAGUGUGUUUACAUCAAGAAAUACUCAAACAGGGCUUUCAUAGUUCAUCUAUUGUACGUCGAUGUCAUGUUGAUCGUUUUGAACGAUCCCAGAAAAGAUAAGUCAACUAAAGAAAGAACUUCCAACUCUUUUGAUAUGAAAGAUUUAGGAAAGGCUCAACAGAUUCUUGGGAUGCAAAUUACUCGAGACCAAGAUAAAGACAAGUUAUGGCUAUCUCAAGAGAAGUACAUUGAACGA